AUCAGCCUGGACAGCCCAGGGGGCCUGUGUGUGGCCAGAGAUGAUGGCGGGGGAAGGCGCUUAAUGAACAGCCGGGAACUGCGGCCAGCCCGGGCCCCGGCAGCAUGUUCAGCUGGGUCAGCAAGGAUGCGCGGCGCAAGAAGGAGCCGGAGCUCUUCCAGACGGUGGCCGACGGGCUGCGGCAGCUGUACGCGCAGAAGCUGCUGCCGCUCGAGGAGCACUACCGCUUCCACGACUUCCACUCGCCCGCGCUGGAGGACGCCGACUUCGACAACAAGCCCAUGGUGCUGCUCGUCGGCCAGUACAGCACGGGCAAGACCACCUUCAUCCGCCACCUGAUCGAGCAGGACUUCCCGGGCAUGCGCAUCGGGCCCGAGCCCACCACCGACUCCUUCAUCGCGGUCAUGCACGGCCCGGCCGAGGGCGUGGUGCCCGGCAACGCGCUCGUCGUGGACCCGCGGCGCCCCUUCCGCAAGCUCAACGCCUUCGGCAACGCCUUCCUCAACAGGUUCAUGUGUGCCCAGCUGCCCAACCCGGUCCUGGAUAGCAUCAGCAUCAUCGACACUCCCGGCAUCCUGUCUGGGGAGAAACAGCGCAUCAGCCGAGGCUAUGACUUCGCCGCCGUCCUGGAGUGGUUUGCUGAGCGCGUGGACCGCAUCAUCCUGCUGUUCGACGCCCACAAGCUGGACAUCUCGGACGAGUUCUCGGAGGUCAUCAAGGGCCUCAAGAACCACGAGGAUAAGAUCCGCGUGGUCCUCAACAAGGCUGACCAGAUCGAGACGCAGCAGCUGAUGCGGGUCUACGGGGCCCUCAUGUGGUCCCUGGGGAAGAUCAUCAACACCCCUGAGGUGGUGCGGGUGUAUAUCGGCUCCUUUUGGUCGCACCCGCUGCUCAUUCCCGACAACCGCAAGCUCUUUGAGGCGGAGGAGCAGGACCUCUUCAAAGACAUCCAGUCCCUGCCGCGGAAUGCCGCCCUCAGGAAGCUCAACGACCUGAUCAAGCGGGCGCGGCUGGCCAAGGUCCACGCCUACAUCAUCAGCUCUCUCAAGAAGGAGAUGCCCAAUGUCUUCGGGAAAGAGAGCAAAAAGAAAGAGCUGGUGAACAACCUGGGAGAGAUCUACCAGAAGAUCGAGCGGGAGCACCAGAUCUCCCCUGGUGACUUCCCCAGCCUGCGCAAGAUGCAGGAACUCCUACAGACCCAGGACUUCAGCAAAUUCCAGGCCUUGAAGCCCAAACUGCUGGACACGGUGGACGACAUGCUGGCCAACGACAUCGCCCGCCUGAUGGUGAUGGUGCGCCAGGAGGAGUCCCAGAUGCCCUCCCAGGCCGUGAAGGGCGGCGCCUUCGAGGGCACCAUGAACGGGCCCUUUGGCCACGGCUAUGGCGAGGGGGCCGGUGAGGGUAUCGACGACGUCGAGUGGGUGGUGGGCAAGGACAAGCCCACGUACGACGAGAUCUUCUACACGCUGUCCCCCGUCAACGGCAAGAUCACGGGCGCCAACGCCAAGAAGGAGAUGGUGAAGUCCAAGCUGCCCAACACGGUGCUGGGCAAGAUCUGGAAGCUGGCCGACGUGGACAAGGACGGGCUGCUGGACGACGAGGAGUUCGCCCUGGCCAACCACCUCAUCAAGGUCAAGCUGGAGGGCCACGAGCUGCCCGCUGACCUGCCCCCUCACCUGGUCCCACCCUCCAAGCGGCGGCACGAGUAACCUGGCGCGGGGGGGUGGGGGGCUGGGGGGCAGCGGUUCUCGAGGUCCAUAAAGACUGAGCGGAUGUUUCCUCGGCUCUUGCAACGGAAAACCACCAUCUUUCUUUCCGGGCCGCUCGGGGCCCAGCGGGGGAGGUGGGGGUGAUGCUCGUAUGUGAAUGAUGGAAUUUUGUGCACAAGAACUAAGGAUAUUUUUAAUAUAUAACGUUAGAGGCAGCAUUCUUUCUUGCCUCCUCUGUCUGACAGCCCCCCACACACGGUCCAGCUGCCCCCCAGCCUCACCCUCUGACUGCAGGGAGAUGCCCCGCCCACCCCCAGCCAGCCCCUGCCUACUGGCAGCCUGGCAGCUCUGGGCCAUGUGGACCGAAGGUCCCUGUUGCUGAGCUCGCUCGCCCUGCAGGCCUGUGGCUCCCUCGCACUGCAGGCCUGUGGCUCCCUCGCACUGCAGGCCUGUGGCUCCCUCGCAGGGGCCCUGCCUCCUCCCUGCACUCCCGAUGAAGUUGGUUCUUGUGCCUUCCCCUUCCCAGCUGCCCCCACGGGCGGGCCCAGCUCUCCUCCAGAGCUCCUGUUCCACUGGCUUCGUGCCCCAGCUCAGCAGUCACAGAAGCAAGGCUCAGCUACCUUUUUGGGGGGUGACCCCGGGGGACAGGUGGGUAUGAGAGAAUGUCUUCCAGAAAACAUAUAAGCUAGUUUUUGUUCUGUAAAGUAACACCUUUCAUACUUGACCGAAUUUUCCAGUAAUUUACCAACCACUUGUUUAGAAGCUGUGAUUUGUCUCCUUCCUCACACUCUGACCAAGAGUAGCACCCUCGGGGAGCCAUUAGGUGCGGGGUCUGUGUGGAGCACACCUUCCCCUCUCUCGGGGACCCAGCGUUUGCUUCUUGUCUCGCCCUCACAUUCUGGAACAUUCUGGUGCACCUCCGCCCCAACUCAGGUGGGUGGUGGGUCCUCAUGAACCUGGUGUAGUUGGUGCUCCAGCCUGGGCCAGGUGUCCAGUCCACAGACCAGGGACAACCCAGUCCUUCCCCCCUUCAUCUUGACAAGCCCUUCGACCUUGCUGACCUUCCUGCCGUUGAGCGCAGGUGGCCAGCGCCUGACCUUACGCUUAGGACGACCCUGAGCUGUGAGGGGCCAGUCUAGGCCACUGCUCUGGCACAGCCUUGGGGCCUGGGGGCACUCACUAGCCCCGUGUUGGCCCAGCUGCCAAGGCUGGAGGAGUGUCCCGGCAGACACUCCCCAGGGGUCUCAGGGACGUCUCUCUGGCCCUCCAAUGCCCCCCUCAGUGUUGCGCAGCCUCUCCCGGGUCCCAGUCCCAGGCUGGCCUGGUUGCCUCCCGCCAGCCUUGGCCACAUUCCAUAUGUAUUAGGUGAUGAUGGAGGCACAUGCUCCUGAGGAGUCCACUGUUGGGGUGCGGUGGCUCCUCCACACUGGCCUUUGGGAGGAGAAAGCAACUGAAGACAAGACUUUUCUUGCAUUAAAAGUUUUAUUGUGCUGAA